AUGGAGAAAACUGUAAUUAAAUGUACAGAUUGUGAAGCAACAUUUACAUUAAAAAAAAAUAUGUAUGCUCAUUGCCGUAACAUUCACAAAAUUGAACAUUUAAGCAAAAAACCAAAAAUGUCUCAAUGUCAUAUUUGUGAUGUAAAAUUUGUGAAUAAAAAGUGUUUAUUCCAACACAUGAAAACAUUUCACAAUAAUUCUACAAAUGAAAAACAUACUAGAAUAAUAUGCCCUUAUGACUUAUGUGAGGAAUACUUAUUUACAUCUCUCAAAUUAAGAGAACACUUGUGUGUUAAACACAAUAUUACAGUAGAGCUGGAAGAGAUAACUUUUGAUAAUUUAAAAG